AUGUGGAGUACGGGAGCCGCUGGGCUGGCGCAGAUUCCCGGGCUAAGUCGGGAGUUACAGCUGUUCCUGCGGAGCUCCAGCCCGGCCGGCGCCGGGGCUCAGCACAGACCCAGCUCCAGCUCCAGCUCCAGGCUCUGCUCUCCUCUGCCCCACCUCAGCAUCGCCAUGGAGCCCAACAGCCCCAAAAAAAUACAGUUUGCUGUGCCCCUGUUUCAGAGCCAAAUAGACCCUGAGGCAGCUGAGCAGAUCAGGAAAAGAAGGCCGACGCCAGCAUCACUUGUCAUCAUGAAUGAACACAUGCCCCCAGAAAAAGAUGAGAAGAGAACAAACAUCUCACAGGCAGAGUCGCAGAGCGCCUCUCCCAAGCAGAGGAAGCAGAGCGUCUUCACCCCUCCUGCCCUCAAAGGGAUCAAGCACCUGAAGAGCCAGAAUGAGUCAGUGUUUCCCGAAGAAGAAGAGGCGCUUGGCGAGCGGGAGGAGGAGUGGGGCCAUUAGCCAGCCCAUC